AAAUCGCACGGCUCUAGGUAAUUCUAAGACUGUCAACAAUAUGUCAACUUCUUUUGAGACAGUGACUGACAAUUUUUGGGGGGUUUUCUGCUGAAUUUGCGCCUAAUCAUGGCCUUAGCUGUAUGUGCUCGCGAUGUUAAGUUCUACGAUUGGCCCAGUUUUCAUUUCAUGGGCGCCUACGAGGUUCCAGCUGAAUACCUGUCAGUAAAGGGCAUUUCCUGGUGCUGUGACGGUUCCAAUCUGCUGGUGAUCAAUAGCAAGGGGGAGCCUCUACUAAUCACGGCGCCUGCCAAGUCCCAAACGAAAAUUUCCAUUCACAAAUGUGUCCCUGUUGUCAACGUCUUUGCGGGCGUGUUUGCCAAAAAACGCUCCAACGAUCUGGCCCUGGGUCUGGAGAAUGGGGAAGUCAACAGGUUCGACUUGCAAACCAAAGAGUUUGUUAGGUAUAAAAAGCUCCCCAGUGGUAUUCAGAACCUGGAUAUGUCCGCGGAUGACCAGAACCUGCUGGCAGGGUGUUUUGACGGGCACAUAUUCCUCUAUGACACCAAAGGAACGCCUUCGGCCAGUCUGAUGGUUCCUAACAGUUAUUCGCUUUCCACUGCGUUGUUUAGCAACUAUUCCAAGCUAGUGGGAGGCGCCAGCAAGGAUGGUUCUUUUGCAGUCUGGAAUGCGGAAACCACUGAUCUGGAGUUCGCCUGCAAAGAACACACGUCCAGAAUCACCGACUUGGGAUUUCUGGAAAACACAGUCACCACAGUGGGGACCGAUGGGUUCCUUUGCAUCUUCGACCUGCGAACCAGCAGCUUGAUCAGCAAGAACAACCUGGAUGGGGCGCUUUCCAGCCUGGCGUAUUUUCCAGGCAGCUACGAUCUGGCGGUCGGCACCUACAACCAGCUCAGAAGCUACGAUGUUCGGAACCUCAACACGCCAAUCCGAACUCUGCUGGUUAACAAUGGAGGCCACAUCAAGAGCAUAGCGGCUUCGCCUAGAGGCCUGGAAAUUGCCCAGAGCAGCCUGGAUAAAACCGUGCCUGCCUCUGGGGACUUUUCCAUUCCGUCCAACUACCCAUCCAGUGGCCGACUGCAGGAGUUUGAAGCAAAAGCGGCCAAACCGAGCCGGACUUACAAGCAGUCCGAGGUCCAGGAACUGGAAAAAUUCAUCAACGACUACAUGAAGUACAUUUCGAUGCAAUUUGCCGAGAAAAUGGCGCAGUCGUUCUACGGCCUGCGGAUCAGCACCAGCAAACAGUUCAUCUGCAUGGGCGAGAAAAUGGAUGAGAGCUGGAAGAACUUCAUUUCGUAUCUGCGAUUUGCUGGCGAGUCCGAUAAGGGAUCCACGUUUUGCUCUAAAGAUUCGCUUAAAGAUAAAGGCAAAUAAAGACUUUGGGCGUAAA